CGUUGAAGAUGAACUUGGUCCAAUGGCUCAUCAGCAUUAUAGCCAUCACUCUUGUGAUGGGCUCCGCAAUAUCCAAUCGGACCUAUUCAACUGGACCGAAAAUUAUUGGUGGCUCCCCGAUAAAGAUUCACGAAAUGCCGUAUUUGUUCGGUCUUUACUCGGGGCGAACGUUCCAAUGCGGUGGCGUUAUUUUAUCACCAAUAUGGGCGAUGUCAGCUUAUCACUGUGUAGACUUUGACGAUGAGCCACUAAAAACUCACAAUAUUCGGGUUGGCUCCUCACUCGCGCUUCCUGUAACACCUCGAUACGGAAUACGCAAAAUUUAUUACUACAGUUCGAAGAUGGUUCCGAAUGAGAAUGUACCACUGCAUGAUAUUGUGCUCUUCAGGCUUCGCAGACCUAUUCGAUUUACACACAAUGUUAGACCAGCCAAAUUACCGAAGGAGAAUGGCCCACCUCCCAACGUUCUUCGCGUUGCUGGUUGGGGUUCAACAGAACGUACCGCACCCGGAGACUAUCAUCCAGGAUCGUUUUCCUUGUCAGCGGUUAACGUAUCGAGAGUAGAAGACGAGGAAUGCGCCGCCCUGAAAGUUUAUGGAGGGCUUAUAAAUAAAGAAUGGCAUCUGUGUUACGGUGAUAAUAAAACGGACGCGUGUUACGGCGAUUCUGGGGGACCUUUGGGCGAUUCUUCCACCGUCUACGGCAUAGUAUCUUUCGGCCACGGUUGUGCAUAUUACCCAGGUGUUUACGCUAAAGUUUCGUACUACAUGCGAUGGAUAAAACAUGUGACAAAACUUUAAUUCUCUCCGAAAGACGACACAGCGAUCCUUCCACAGAGUAAUUCAAGGCUACGAAAAUAAAACUGCUUACGCAGCAUAAUUGAUCUAUCGAAAAAUUUUUUUGAGAACAUUCUUCAAUCAACCAUUGCAAGAACUAAUCGUUGAGCAACGCUGAAUUCAUUAGUGUCACAAUCCAUACGAGCAAAAGCUCCACGCGUACGCCCAAUUGCAUAUUUUUUAUCUAUAUACAGAUACAGCUGGUAAUGUAA